AGCAAUACAUGCUAGAAGCGGAUGAAGAAGAAGAAGAAGAAGAAGAAGAGGGACUGCCGGACAUGGGAUGCGCACCAAGCAAGAGCAGGCAUUCGGCUCGAAAAUGUGCACUUGGAUAUGCGUUACUCAAUGUCGCAUGCCUGAUCCUCGAGGUGAUGGGCAUGAUGGUGUUGGCAACGUUUGCCCAUCCGAAUAGGCGUCCCUACGUCUGGUUGUCUUGCGGCACCGGUUGCCUCCUGAGGACGGUGAACGUGGGCUUCGUCGUCGUCUGGAUCGUCGCCGCCGCUCAGGACAGAUUGAGCCUCAUGAUAUUCAUCUCAACAGCCAUGCUUGGGCGCCUUGUAGGAAUGCUCUUGUACGCCGCUGCCUACUUGCUCUACGACCCGUUCGAGCCAACAUCUGCCGCGGCGAAGAUUCAGCGUGGCCUUCUGCAUACAGAAGAGGAAUUUUCGCCAUACGCGCCAUAUUUCAUCGUAGCCACUGCCGGUGUGGAGGCGCUCUUCGUGCAGCCCGUGGCUGCCUACCAGCAGGCCUUCCAUAUUCGGAGCGAGAUGGAGGCAAUGUCGGCUGCACCCGCUCCGGUGCAGGCUGCAGCCAUUGCGGCUGAACGCGGAGCGGCGCAUGCCCCGGCCGAAGCCGAGCCAGCGUCUGCACCGGGUGCACAAGAGGAGCACUCCGGGGAGCACUCUGAAGAGACCGCGGGUGACCACUCAGCAAAUUCAGAGGAGGCCAACGCUGAGAAAAAGUGAACGAACGACAUUUCGAACUAACUCGAACAAUGCGGACGUUGCUAAGUACAGACUGCCUAGAACGCACGCUUUUUUCUGCUUAUUUGCUUUAUUAUUAUUAAUAUUAUUUUUUCUUCUUGAGAGAGGUUAACGGUUUAGGUAUACGCGAAUCGCUACUUUUCGCUUGUAAUUAUUCGCAACGACGAUACAUUAAACGACGAGCGUAUGAUGA